AUGCAAACUGGAGAUCAAGAUCUACAGAGAUUCUUAUGGCCUGACAUGGACACUAGUAAAAAACCUGAUGUUUACAGGCUGAAAACAGUAACAUUUGGUCUGAAAUCAUCUCCAUUUUCGAGUAUCAAAACUGUAGUGGACCAUGCACUCACACAGACAAAGGAAUACCCAAAGGCUACUGAGGAAAUAACAGAAAAUAUUUUCGUGGAUGAUGUACUAUCUGGAGAAGACAAUACCACAGCAGCAGCAAGCUUAGCAGUAGACAUGAAAACAGUCUUGAAAUCUGGAGGAUUCCCACUCAGGAAAUUUGUGUCCAACAAACCAGAAGCUUUGGCUGGAUUAGAGGAGUCAGAUCUUGCCUGUGGUAUAGUAGUCGUCACUGAGGAACAAUUUACUACAAAAACGUUGGGGAUCAAGUACAUUCCUAAAGAGGACGUACUAAUGUUUUCCUUUUGCGAGAGGAUGGAAAAUGUACCCUGUGAAACUCGUAGGACUGUUUUACAACAACUUCAUCGAAUUUACGACCCGAUGGGUUUGUUAGCACCGUUCACUUUGGUAGCCAAGCGGCUAUUCCAACAGUCCUGGAUGGAUCGUACUGACUGGGAUGAGAAGUUAUCUGAUGAACUUCAUCAGAACUGGGUACGUUGGAAGGAGCAAGUUUCUGAUCUGGAUCAGAUAAAGGUCCAGCGAUGUAUAGUUCCUGAGAGCUUCACUCAACCUAGAUUCACACUGCAUGGUUUCGGUGAUGCGUGUGUAGCAGCAUAUGGAGGAGUAGUUUACGUCAGGGUUGGGGACUUGCCAACAGGGAGAGUGCACACAGCUGUACUGUGCUCUAAAACUAGAGUGUCACCACUUGGAAAGAAGAGAAGCUUACCAGAGCUAGAGCUCAUGGCUGCGCUAAUCACAGCACGCUUGGUAAACUACGUUCAACGUGAAAUCAAGUUGGAAAUAGAGGAUGUACACUGCUGGACUGACUCACAAGUAGUACUUGCCUGGAUUAGCAAACCUGCCUACACUUGGCAGACGUUCGUUGCCAAUCGCGUGAGUGAGAUACAGAAUCUAGUACCACCUAGGAAGUGGAGUCAUUUGCCAGGGAAAAUUAACCCCGCUGAUCUAUGCUCGAGAGGAUGUUCUGCUGAAAGCUUAGUUAACUCGCAACUCUGGUUGGAAGGGCCAGACUUCCUAAGAAAAGAAGAAGAAAGUUGGCCAAAACAGCGAAUUGACACAGCUGAACUGGAAUUGGCUGAACAGAAGAAAAAACCCAAGACUUUCUCAGCACUGCAAGUCAAAGAGAAAACAACUGACCAAACCAAAAGUGAGCAGCUGAAACUAGUGGAGAAAUAUGAGAGUUACCACAAGUUUCUGAGAGUGAUGAAUAGAGUCCGAAGCUUAAAGUACCGAGUGAGGACAGGAGAUGGGCAACAUGUUCGAGAAGAAAAUGCAAUCUUGACUCUCACUGAUCAAAGAGAAGAGGAGUUGUAUUGGUUACGUUGGGCUCAAGAACAAGCAUUUUCAGUGGAAAUUCAUGCAGUACAGAAUAAUCUUUCGAUUCCUGCAAAUAGCCGCUUGAAACAGCUUGAUCCGAUAUGGGAUGAGAAACUGAAGUUACUCCGUGUUGGGGGGAGACUACACAAAGCACUACUGCCAGAUUAG